GAACUCGUCUCGGAGUGUAGGUUUGAACUCGUCUCGGGGUGUAGGUUCGAACUCGUCUCGGAGUGUAGGUUCGAACUCGUCUCGGAAUGUAGGUUCGAACUCGUCUCGGGGUGUAGGUUCGAACUCGUCUCGGGGUGUAGGUUCGAACUCGUCUCGGAGUGUAGGUUCGAACUCGUCUCGGAGUGUAGGUUUGAACUCGUCUCGGAGUGUAGGUUUGAACUCGUCUCGGAGUGUAGGUUUGAACUCGUCUCGGAGUGUAGGUUUGAACUCGUCUCGGAGUGUAGGUUCGAACUCGUCUCGGAGUGUAGGUUCGAACUCGUCUCGGAGUGUAGGUUCGAACUCGUCUCGGAGUGUAGGUUUGAACUCGUCUCGGAGUGUAGGUUUGAACUCGUCUCGGAGUGUAGGUUUGAACUUAUCUCGGAGUGUAGGUUCGAACUCGUCUCGAAGUGUAGGUUUGAACUCGUCUCGGGGUGUAGGUUCGAACUCGUCUCGGAGUGUAGGUUUGAACUCGUCUCGGAGUGUAGGUUUGAACUCGUCUCGGAGUGUGGGUUCGAACUCGUCUCGGAGUGUGGGUUCGAACUCGUCUCGGAGUGUAGGUUCGAACUCGUCUAG